AUGUCCUUGCAUCCCGGCCGCGCCUACGCGUCCUCCGCUCCCGCGGCCGAUCCCUUCCCCCUCGGGUCAUCCUCUCGCGCGGCGCCUCCCCCCCCUCCCCCUCCUGGCGGCGGCGGUGCCACCAUCGCCGACUACAUUGCCUCCAUCUCGGCCAACAAAUCGAUUGUCCCUCCUCCCGGGACUUUCUACUCCUCGGACUCCUUUUUCCGACCCGUGGCCUUCAGUCCGCCGAGCUCCUUCAUCCACCGGCAGAUCUCCUGGUGUGUCCAGCACCUGUUCUCUGCCUCUGACUUCGAGCUCCGCAAGCCGGCUCCGUCCGCCUCGCCGUCGCGCUCGCCCGCCCCGGCAACCAGCCAAUCGGAGGCCUUCCUCCUGGCCCCCACUUCCGUCGUCAAGGCCCCCCUCGAGAGGUUGAUCAGCCUCGGUGGCACUGCGGCAUUCGAGUUCUACCUGGGCGCCCUCUUUGACGCGAUCGACUUCGGGUCCCUUGACCUGCUCUUUUCCUCGGGGUUCUCGCCCUCCAGUAAGGACAUCCCAAGCAGCCUUCAGCAGGCACUUGCUUCCAAUCCCUCUCUCUAUCGUCAGCUGGCGCUCUGUUGGCUUCUCGGUCAAGAGCUUUCCAUCCUCCUUUCGCAGUCCUUCCGCUCCGGCAUCGUCCUUCGCCUGCUCGAGUCUCGCUUGCUGCCGCGCUUCCACCACCCAGCCGGCUCCACUUCAUCGUCUGCCACCAGCACCGUCUCCACCGACGGCGUUCCCUCCAAGACCGGCUCCUCCAGUCCACCGUCAUCGGUCACGACAGCCGCUCCCUGCCUCCCGGCCACAAGUCUCCCCCGACUGUCGCCCGUCUUCGCCCUUGUCCGGCACGCGUUCCUCCUUUUCCGUGGUGACGCCCUCUCGUGCUUGCUUCUCGGCACCGUUCUCGCCGGGUCACCAAGCUUCCUCCGGUCGGCCGCCUUCUCCGCCAACCAAGCCCUGCCCCCGUCUCAGCCGGGAGCCCAUCCAUCUGCCGCCGGUUCCGCCCCAGGUGCCACUGCCUCCGGUGUUGCCCCUUCGUCGGCCGCCAACGCCACCACUGCUUCGGGAUCCCCUGGCCUUCGGCAAAUCGAUUCCGGUCGUGUUCUCUCUAAUCUCGGCCACGAGCUUGUUCGCGUCUACCUGGCCCACGGCAUCGGCCUGGUCAUCAGCCACUUCGAUCCCUCGGACCGAUCUGCCUCCCUCCCCUCGGAGCAGGACGACCCCGCAGCCACUUCCAUCGCCUUGAGCCCGGAUCUCGGCCGCUUCUUCCACACGCCCGUCUCUUCGGUCACCCCGGGUGCCGUUCACGAGAUCCUCCAGUUCCUCCACGCCCAAGCCCACCUUAGCUUCCGCGUGCACGGCCUCAUCCUCACCGAGACCCAAAUCCUAUUCGCCCAUCUCCGGCAUCAUCUCCUGCCCGACUGCUCGCCCUUCCUCUAUCCGCUGAUCUACGCGAUUGACGGGCUCCUGUCGAUUUCGCUGCUCCGCUCUCCCGCCUCGGCCCCCCUCCCCCAGGACCUUCCGCAGUUCUCCAACGAGGUCAUUUCCCCGAUGUACAGCCAUCCGAGCAAGCUCGACCCGGCCCCGGCCCCGGCCCCGGCCCCCGGGGCGGAUCGCACUGCUGUUAGCUCGUUCUUCGGCGGCGGGGCCUCCCCCGGGAGCGCCUCCCUGGCCCUGUACAUGAGCGAGUUCGGCACUUCCUGCGUGGCCACCCUGGCCACCGCCUAUGCCCUGCUCCAGUCGUAUGUCAUCAUCUGUGCCAACAUGGACCCGGCCAGUCCGCCCGACGCGGCCGAGCUGCCGGCCCUCCUCUCGCGCUACAUCACCGACGCCCACAUCUCGGACGCCAUCACCAUGAUGGUGCACACGGUGCAAACCGCCCGGACAGGGUCCUUCCACAUUCAGGCCACCUCCUGGCCGGCGCUCAUCCAGCCGGAUGCCGCGGCCGCGGCCGCCGCCACCACCAUGGCGGCCCCCUCCCAGCCGGCCGCUGCUGCCAGCGCCGCGGCCACCUCGGCGCCCGCCGCCCCGGGGGCAGGGGGCUCCAAGCCGGAGACCGACUCGUCGCCGGUGGUCCUGGCCACGGCGGCCGCUGUUGCCGCGGCCACCGGCCAGGCCGUGCCCACGCCGAUUGUUGCGCGGUCCAUCGACUCCGAGGUGCCGGGGGGGCUCCUGCGCGCCAUGUCCGCCGAUCGCCCGGGCGCCUCCGGGCGAUGCUGGAACAUCGGGAACUUCCUUCGCGCCGCCCUGCAGCUGAUCCCGACCCUGAGCCCGGAGGUCAUCCUCCGGUCGCUUGACCGGCCGGACCUCUUCCCCCCGGAGUACACCCCAUCGAUCCUGACGGCGGAUCUGCUCUUCGAGGCCACCGUUGCCCUGGGCUUCCCGCAGUACUCGCUGAUCCGCUUUGUCCUGAUGCCGCGUGCGAAUCUGCGCUUCACCCCGGCCGCCGCCACCACCGCCGCUGCCCCCGCCACCGCUUCGAACGCCGCCGCGGCCGCCGCGGCCGCCGCCGGGCCCCCUGGCUCCGGCUCCGGCUCCGGCUCCGGCUCCGACGAGGCUCCGGCCACCGCGGCUGCCGCCGUGCCCUGGGUCAAUCCGCUGCCUCAGCUGCAGCUCCUGUCGACCUUGAUCGGCUUUGGGUCGCAUGUGUUCCUGGACCCGGCGCACGGCUUGCACUCGGUCUUCCUGGACGCCUCCGGCAAGAGCAUCAUGCCCCCGUCGGUUGUCGACUCGCUGAAGACCGUGACCGCAUCGGCCUCGGUGUCCGUUGGCAAGGUCGCCUCGCCGGAGCUUGCCCGCGCCUUCCAGGCUGCCUACAGCUAUCGGGAAAUCCUCCACCUGUUCCUGGCCUUGGAUCAGUUGAAGGACAAGACCGUGUCCUCCCUCUGUCGGUCGAUGCUUGGCGAGGCGUUCAAUGCCACGAGCUCGCUGCUGCUGCUGAGCAUCGCCUCUCUGAAUUUCAAGGAGAUGUUCCUCGCCAACAAGAUCGUCCCGGAUCUCUUCUCGCAGAUGGUCAAUGCCCUGCUCUUUAUGGCCAUCAAUCUGCCGCAUGACAGCCUCCCCUACUUCCCCGGGGUGGGCCCCUUCGCGUCGUAUCUCCUGCGUGCCAUCUGGCACCUGAACCCGGAGGCUAUGGUGUCGCUGCUGGUUUUGCUGCACCGCCAGUCGCCGGAGUAUGUGGAGAUCCUGAUGACCCUCUUCUUUGGGCACAUUCUCCAGGGCGACCCGGCGCAGAUCCUCCGCCCGGCGGUGGCCAGCCCCACCGAUCGGCCACAGGAGGGGCCCGAUGCCGGGGCCGGCCCGGCCGCCCCCGGGACGGAUGGCAGCGCGCCCAGCGCCGGUGCCUCCGCCGGCGGUUCAUCCACCCCGGCCGGCGGGCCCGGCGCCGCGGCCAUGGCCGGCGAUGGCGGCCCGGACACCCGGGCCCAUGAGCUCCCGCCCUUUGUCCGGCUGCGCUCCAUCCACACGGUCACCCUGGGGUUCAUCCUGGACCUGGCGAUCGCGGCCUCUUCCAACAAUUGGGCCCUCCCCGAGGGGGAUGGGUCCCUUUCUUCCUGGCUCUCGGUGCAGGUUGGCCACUAUGGGGAGAUCUUCCUGACGGCCAUCUUCGAGUACAUCCAGGCCCGCUGGUCGCUGGUGGAGCUGAAGUCUCCCACCCUUUCGGUGGUUCUCCUGUCGCAGCUGUUCUUCGUUUUGCUGUCCAGCACUGAUGCCUUCCGGGAGGUGCUGGCCGGUGGCGGCCCGGCCGCCGGGGCCGCAUCCGCCAGUGGGUCCCCCACGGUUGCCCCUCACAGCCUGAACCCCCCACUGCCCGAGUCGGUCAGCCUGCCGGUUCAAUUGCAGAACCAGGUCAUCGACUUGCACAAGCGCUGCUGCCAGAUCUACCCGCAGCUGGCGCACCCGACCCCCUCCGGGGCCAUUGUGGCCAAGUUCCCGGCCGCCGGGGCGGCGAAUCUCCACCUGCAGCCGAUCCAGCCGCACUUCUUCUCGCGCUUUGCCCCGGCCAAUGACCUGGUCCGCCAGGCGAUCGACCGUUUGCGGCAGUUCUACAACGGCAAGGUGACCCUCCUGGUGCUGAUCGAUGAGCUGCGCCAGCUGCGUGACUCCCAGCAGCCGGACAAGGUCAAGUAUGCGGAGACCAUUGUCCAGUGUGCCAUCGACGACACGGAGCACAUUGCCAUCUGCCCAAACAAUGAGCUGAUCCUCUUUGGCCGGCUUUUCGGCCAGCUGAUCCUGCACCAGCUGGUUCCCAAGGAGUCCUUCGCCAUGUCCAUGACCUAUGUCAAGGCUUCCUUCUCCUUCAAGCCGCUGCAGCGCCGCUUCCGCUUCGGCCUGCUGGCCCUGCUGGAGUUUAUGCCCAUUCUCGAGCACUACCCGGAGUACUGCCGCGAGCUGUACCAAUUCGAGUCCCUGCGGCAGGAGUGCCCGCGCAAGUUGAGCGCCCUCCUCCAUCGGGUGAUCAGCCGGCACUUUGAGGGGGACGUCCUGGCCGGGGUGGGGGCGCUGCCUCCCGGGGCCGGGGGUGCCGGGGGCGAUGCCUCCGACGAGCGGUCGGAUGGCGAGCCGGAAUCCCCGGACUCCGAUGUGCCGGACUCCGAUGAUGAGCGCCAGCGUGUGGCUCUCCAGCGGCAGCAGCUCCAGCAGCACACCACCCACCAUCAGAUGCUGCAGGCGCAGCAGCAGCAGCAGCAGCAGCAGCAACAUCACCAGCAGCUGCUGCAGCAGCAGCAGGCCGCAGCAGCGGCCGCGGCCGCGGCCGCCGGCCACCCGCAUAUGCAGCACUUCCACCACCACCAGCAGCAGCAGCCCCCGGCCGCGGGGGCCCCCCUGACUCAUAUGCACCUUCACAUGCAGCAGGCGGCCCAGCAGCAGCAGCAGCAGCAGCAGCAGCAGGCGGCCCAGCACAUGCACACCCACCACCAGGCCCAGGCCCAGCGCCACCUCAUCCACCAGCAGCAGCACGCCGCCCAGUAUCAGCAGCAGGCCCAGUAUCACGAGCACCAGCUUCAGCUGCAGGCCCAGCAGCAGCAGCAGCAGCACGCCCAGGCCCAGCAGCAGCUGCACCACCUCCAGGCCCAGCAGGCCCAGGCCUCGGGCAGUGGCGCCAAGGAUGCCGAGGUGAAGUCCCCCUCCGGGUCGUCUUCCGCUUCUUCCUCCUCCUCCUCGGCCCCGGCUGCCGCCGAGCAUGGGGCCACCGCCUCGGCCGGGCUCGAUGCCGGAGCCGGCCCCGGCGGCAUGCCCUACCAUGUUCCGCCGGAGCCGGUGCGCGAGCGGAUCGACUUCAUCCUCAACAACAUCACCGCUUCCAAUACCGCCUCCUCGGCCCACGACACCCUGGACCUGCUGCAUCGGGGGCUCCAGGCGGCCGCCCUGGCUGGCGGGGACUUCCCGGACAAGCAUGCCGGGGCCGACCUGCUGGCUGCCCGGCCGGACACCUACUACCUGUGGUUCUGCAACCACCUGAUGGAGACCCGCAUCAUCAAGGAGCCCAACUUCCACCCCGUGUUCCUGGCCCUGAUCGAGGCCAUGGGCGUGGAGGCCAUCGAUCAGACCCUGCUCCUUGUGACAUACAGCACCAUUCGCGCGCUGCUGGCCGAUGGCGACUCCUCGUCCACGACGUCCUCCUCGGUGCGGACUGGGCUCUCCAAGCUCGGGUCCUGGCUCGGGCGCAUCACCAUCGGCCGGAACCGGCCGAUCCUGCACAAGCACCUGGUCAUCAAGGAUGUCCUGCUGGAUGCCAUCCGCGACAAGCGCCUGCACCUGGCCAUGCCCUUCGUUUGCAAGACCCUGGCCUUCUCGAAGGACUCGCUGGCCUUCCGCCCGAGCAGCCCCUGGACCAUGGCCAUCCUGCGCUUGCUCGGGGAGAUUCUCCUGGAGAAGGACCUCCGCAUGAAUAUCUCCUUCGAGAUUGAGGUCCUCUUCAAGGAGCUGGACCAGCGGUCGAUCACCCCCUCCAACAUCCUCAGCUCCCAGGACUUCCUGUCUGGCGGCCUCGGCAGCCGGACCGGCGGGCGCCAUGCCCCGCGCCGUGCUCUUGGCCAAUCGCGCGAUCUCAACGAGGCCAGCGUCAUUGUGGCCGAUGCCGCCACCGCGGCCGCCGUCGACGCGGCGGCCCUCGUGGCGGCGGCCCUGUCCACCCCGGGCCGAGGUGCCACGGCUCCCCCCUCGAGCGAGGAGGCCGGCCCUGCCGGGGCAUCGGCCUCGGGCGCCGGCCAGCAUCCGUCGCAUCCUGGCGGCCAGCAGUCCCUGCAGCACCAGGGAGCCGCCGCCGGGCAUCAUGGCCCCGGCGGGCAGCACCCCUCGACCGAUGGCGGCCUGGCCGACCCGGCGGCUGGCCUGCUUGAGGGGGGUGGCGCCGACGACUCGGCGGCCGGGCGUCGUGCCCUCUCCGACGGGUCGGCCGUCGAUCCGGGCAUCGAGAUCACCCAGGCCCAGGAGCUCAUGCAGACGCGCGAGCACUUCCGUGCCAUUGUCUCGGAGGCGAUUGACGAUGCUGCGGCCGACUUCAUCGAGAAGAACAUGCGCCAGCUGAGCAAUGUCGCAUGCAUCAGCGCCGAGAUGCUGGUCUCCAAGGACUUCGCCGCCGAGACCGACGACCGGUCCAUCCACUCCAGCGCCCUGGCCAUGGGCCGGGCUCUGGCUGCUUCGCUGAUCGUGGCCAGCAAGGAGACCCUCCGCCGGCUGAUCACCACCCACUUGAACACCAAGAUCGCCGCCUACCAGGGCGAGGCCCAUGCCGGGGCCGCGCACCUGACCCCGAAGCAAAUCCGCCUCCUGACGCAGUAUGCCACCAGCGACACGACCGUCGAGCAGGUGGCCUACUACAUCACGCAGUUCAGCUCCAACCAGGUGGACCGUGUCCUGCUGGAGCUGCUCCAGCGCCGGCGCCAGUGCUCGCUCAAUGCGGCCGGCAGCCCGCCCGAUGGCAAGGUUCCCUUCGAUCUGGACGCCCUCAAGGCGGCCAACCACUACUCCGAUCACAUUCCCCGGUCGCUGUUGCCCGGGUCGGUGGAGCUUUCGGCCGCCGGCCCCUACCUCAAGGUGUAUUCGGACUUUUCGGAGAUGCCGCUCCAGCUGCAUGAGCAUGGUGCGCGCUUGGCCCCGGCCGUGGGCCCGGCCUCCGACGUGCCCCCGGUGGCCGAGGCGGUGGCCCCGGCCGCCGAUGCCUCGGGCGCCCAUCCCCCCCAGGCCCCGGGCGCCGGUGCUGCCGGGCCAUACAAGCAGCUGCCUGCUUCCGGCCCGGCCACCGCCGGGGUGGUGGCGCCGCCGGCGGCCGAUCCCCGCGCCGGCGGCCCUGCCAUCACGCCGGAGAUCCUCAUCACCAAUGUCUUCCAGCAGUUUAUCGCCGAUGUGGGCACCAUUUCCGGGCCGGUGUUCCCGCUGAAGCACAUCAAGGAGGACCCGACGCACCCGCUGGUUGCGCUUGUCAACAACAUGAUCGCCCGCUGUGGUGCCUUCGAGUGGCAGCUGGCCCGGCUGGCGCUGGAUGCUCUGUUCACCCUGUCCUCGGACAUCCAUCUGCCGGGGAGCGGGAGCACCCCGGGCGAGGAGCUGGCCGAGUCGACCGGCGGCUCCUCCCCGGCCCUGGCCAUGGCGGCCUUCUGCGCGCUCUUCCUCCUGCGCUUCUGCCACCAGGGCACCAACCAGGCCUACUGGCUGCAGAAGUACAUCCAGGAGCUGAUCUUCAGCGGCCGGGCCAAUGUCCUGGCCCUGACGGUGCUCAUCCGGGCCGAGGUCCUGAGCCUGACCUUCGUGCUGGAGUCCCUGACGCACGUGGCCCAUGGACAGGCGGCGGCCACGGCCGCCGGUGCCAAUGCCGGCAGCGCGCCCGAGCCCUCCAUGGCCAAUCUCUUCCUCGGCACCCUGAUCGGGGUGUACAUCCGCGGCUUCGGCGAUGCCGAUGCCCUGCUGGACCGCGAGACCCUCGGGGAGCUGGACAUGCUGAGCAAGAGCGUGGCUCGCAGCCACUUCGGCCCGAUCAGCGAGUCGCUGAUCCGCCAGCUGCAUGCGGCCUUGCAAUUUAGCGCCUCGCCGGCGGCCGCCUCGGCCAUGGCCCGCGGCCUGCACACCGCCUUCUUCACCAUGGUCCCCAUCUUCUCGCUCUUUGUGCUGACCAGCAACAGCCACAGCGCCACGCUGAUCAGCCUGCCUCCGGCGGUGGCGGCCGGCCCCGGCGAGGAGGCCGCCGCCCUGGCCACGGCCACCGACCGCCUGGCCUCCGUGGCCCAGGAGGUCCGCCAUCUGAUCACGGCCUGGCGGCUGAUCUUCCUGAGCCCCAGCUACGGGGAGUCCUCGCACUUGGCCUUCGCCCGGUCGAUCAACACCACGCGCAGCCUGUCCACCGCCGAUGCCACCCUCUGCUUUGUCAUGUUCUUCCUGGACCUGUGCAUCGGCGAGUUCCUGGUCACGCAGCAGCUCUCGCCGGCUCUCUAUUCGGGCACCGGGCUGGCCGGGGCCCCGGGCCCCCGGCACCCGGCCUUCACCCUGGUGGACAUGUUCACCCGGCUGGUGGCCCUGCGCGUGCGGCUCAUGGCCACCGAUGCCGAGCGUGUGCUCUUUGUUCGCCGGGUGCUGGCGGCCAUUGUCCUGCACAUGUCGGCCGUCCAGCAGCAGCUCUUCCUGGCCCUGCCCCAGGCGGUCUAUCUGCACGUCUUCUCCAACCUCUACUAUGAGCUCCUGUCAUCGGAUGCCAUUCUGCUGUUGUCGCGCGCCACCGGCGACCAGCCGGCCGGGGCCCCGACCGCCGGGGCCACCCUGGCCCCGCGCAGCAGUGCCGCCCCCCCGACGGCGGCCGGCCCCGCGUCCGCCUCCCGCCCUUCCUCCGAUCCGGCGGCCGCCCUGCCGACCAUUGCCUCGAUUGCGGCCGCGGCGCUCGAGUACUCGGAGUCCCACCCGACUGCCUCCUACUCCUCGGCCGGCGGGCCGGCGGCGGCGGCGGCGGCCGAUGCGGCCCCGGUGGCCCCGGCCACGGAGACCGACUCGCUGGCCGGGGGCGAUCUCGGCCACCUGGCGCCGGCCACGUCGGAGCUGAUGUCGCAAUUGCUGCUGGCCUUCGCCAGUGCCCUGGACGCCCUGCGCCCGUCGCAAUUCCCGCUCUUUGCCUUCCAAUGGGUGGACCUGAUGGCGCAUCGGCUCUUCAUGCCGAAGCUCCUGCUGCUCGGGGCGCCGUCCAUUGUGCCGGCCUCCUCCAGCAAGCCGGCCAUGCUGGUUCCCUCGCAGCAGCCCCGCCGGGGCUGGCCGGCCUUCAAGAAGCUCCUCGUUGCGCAUCUUGAGUUCCUCGGCCAUCGGAUGCGCGCCUCGCGCCCCCUGCCCCCGAGCCUCAAGAACCUGUACCGGGCCACGCUGCGCAUCCUGCUGGUCCUCCUGCGCGACCUGCCGGAGUUCCUGUGCGACUACCAUGUGUCGCUGGUGGCCGUGGUCCCGCAUGGGUGUGUCCAGCUGCGCAAUCUCAUCCUCUCGUCCUUCCCCCGGCACAUGCGCCUGCCGGAUCCCUUCACCUCCGAGGUGCAGGUGGACUCCCUGCCGGAUGUGCACAUCCCCCCGCGCGUGCCGGCCUCCUUCGUCCGGAUCUUCGAGAAGUCCCCGGCCGGGGUGGCCCUCCUUGACAUUGUCAAUGCCUAUCUGCGCACGCGCGACGCCACCGGCGACCCGCUGCGCCAGCUGGCGCGCCUGGUCCACACGGCCGACAGUGAGCAGCAGCCGCAGCAGCUGACCGAUGGCACCACCCUCCCGCCCAAGUACAACGAUCCGCUCAUCAAUGCCCUGGUUCUGUAUAUCGGCAUCCACUCGACCGCGUACCACAUGGCGCAGCUGAUGCCGUCGGCGGCCGCGGCCGCCGCCGCCGCACUCAGCUCGUCCAGUGCCUCGGCCGCUGGCGCCGGCUCCCUCAUGGCUUUGCUGUCAUCGGCGCCCAUUUCGCCCUCCGGCUCGCCAUUGCUCGGCUCGGCGCCGGCCAGUGCCUCGCUGUCGGCCGCGGCGGCCGCCGCCUCGACCUCGGCAUUGGUCGGCACGUCCCCCAACCUCGGUCCUCUGUCCGGUUCGUCGAGCGCCGCCGGGGCCACGGUCACCUCGAUCGCGCCCCGGUCGCAUGGCGCCGCCGGCUCGGGCGCGGGAGACCACACGUCGGCCACGGUGGCCGAGUCGGGGUCCGAGGCGCCUGGCGCCACCGCGGCGGCCGCUGCCGCUGCCGCCGCCGCCGCCUCAUCGCUCAUGAUGAUGGGGCCCCUCCCCUCGGCGGCGGACUCCCCGGCCAUGGACAUCUUCACCCGGCUCAUGGCCGACCUGGACCCGGAGGGACGCUUCCACUUCGUCAAUGCCAUCGCCAACCAGCUGCGCUAUCCCAACCGCCACACCCAGUACUUCAGCGGUGUUCUGCUCUACCUCUUCCUCAAGUCCAAUGAGCUUAUCCAGGAGCAGAUCACUCGCGUGCUGCUGGAGCGCCUGAUCGUCAACCGGCCUCACCCGUGGGGCCUGCUCAUCACCUUCAUCGAUCUGAUCAAGAACUCCCGCUACGACUUCUGGAACAAGCCCUUCACCACCUGUGCCCCGGAGAUCCAGCGUCUGUUCGAGACCGUCGCCCGGUCCUGCCUGACGUGA